GCUCGAUAUUUGUGCUCGUUUUGGAGAUGGGCCAAUCCUGUGAACUUUCUUCCUCGAGACGGGAAUAGAAAGGGGACAAUUAGUCCAUUUUUGAUCCUCUUGGUUGUUCUCGGAGAAGAACCAUUUUGGUCUACAGCCUAUACAACAUGCUUGUAUGUAACAUAAAUCACUAGCGAAAGGAAUAUCUCCUUUUAUGACGCCUAGGAAUCUAGAAUAUUGACAGCCAAGUGUUCUGUUCGAUCGGAGCACGAAGGCUUUAGAGGUUGGAAGCGAGUGAAGAUUUCCGAGUGAAGAUGUCUCAUCCAAGGACAAGAGCGCUCCCGGCUGUCAUUAUCGACAACGGAUCUGGGUUGUGCAAGGCGGGCGUUUCCGGAGAGCAGGCGCCACGGACCGUGGUGGCUUCCGUCGUGGGCUACCCCAAAUCGAAAGCCAUUAUGUUCGGCCCGGUGCAGAGGCAGUACUACGUCGGGAGAGAAGCCCACGCCAAGAGAGGGAUCUUGUCGUUCAAAUACCCGAUCGAGCACGGAAUCGUGACCUCCUGGGACGACAUGGAGAAGAUCUGGAGCUACAUCUACAGCCGCGGACUCCGGAUGAGGGCCCAGGAUAGGCCGGCGUUGUUGACCGAGACCCCCAUGAACCCCGCGUCCAACCGGGAAAAAAUGACCGAAGUCAUGUUCGAGCAUUUCCAAGUCCCCGCGUUAUACGUUGGCUUGCAACCACUGAUGGCUCUCUACGCUUCGGCGCGGACGACGGGUCUAGUCCUAGACAGCGGCGACGGCGUCACCGUGACGGUCCCGAUCUACAAAGGCCAUUGCUUGCUCCACGCCAUUUCGAGGAUUAAUUUCGCCGGGCGGGAUAUCACCAAAUAUUUAGCCACGCUUCUCUUGGAAACCGGGCACAGCUUCCUGAGCUCCUCGGAGCAGGAGAUCGUCAAGGACAUCAAGGAGAACCUGUGCUACGUCUCGUUGGAGCCCAACAACGAGACGGAGAAAAGCGUGGUCCAUACUUAUACCCUCCCCGACGGGAGUCCGGUCAAGAUCGGCGAGCAGCUCUACAAAGCUCCGGAGUGUCUUUUCCGCCCGACGGAUGUGGGAAUCACGGCUCCGGGGAUCCAACAAAUGAUCUUGGAGAGCAUUUCCCGAUGCGACGGGAGCAUCCACCAGGACAUGUGGAAGAACAUCGUCGUCGCGGGCGGAUCCACCCUGUUUGCGGGGCUCAGCGAAAGACUUCUGAAAGAGCUCCACGCCCGGGCUCCGAAAAGGAUGUUGCCCAACGUCGAGGCCCCCGAGGAUCGGAUGCACUCGGUCUGGAUCGGCGCGUCGGUGCUCACCAGCUUGCCCUCGUUCCAGGAGCGUUGGGUCACCCAGAAGGAGUACAAAGAAGUGGGCUCCACCGUGCUGCAGAAGAAAUGCAUCUGAGAAGAAUAAACGACCAACCAGAGAGGCCGAAAAAAAAUUAAUAAUAAUAAUAAUUAGUCGAUUGGAACAGCUAGGGAGUGGCUAGUAAACCUUUUCACAAAG